AUGGACAAGAAAAGCCUCAGCGAACGCGACAUCUGCACCAAGUUCAUCACGCCGGCCCUGUGCCGUGCCGGAUGGGACGGGAUGACGCAAAUCCGCGAGGAGGUCAGCUUCACCAAGGGCCGCAUCAUCGUGCGCGGCAAGCUGGUCAGCCGCGGCAAGGGCAAGCGGGCCGAUUACAUUCUCUACUACAAGCCCAACAUCCCCAUCGCACUGAUCGAGGCCAAAGACAACAAUCACGCCAUCGGCGACGGCAUGCAGCAGGCGCUCGAUUACGCCGUCACCCUCGACAUCCCCUUCGUGUUUUCCUCCAACGGCGACGGCUUCGUCUUCCACGACCGCACCGGCGCCAGCGCCACCCCGGAAACGACCCUCACCCUCGAUGCCUUUCCGCCACCGGCCGACCUGUGGGCGCGCUUCCGCGCCUGGAAGAGCCUGACCCCCGAAACCGAGGCCGUCGUCCUGCAGGAAUACUUCGAGGACGGCAGCGGCAAGGCGCCGCGCUACUAUCAGGUGAGCGCCAUCAACGCCGCCAUCGAGGCCAUCGCCAAGGGCCGCGACCGCGUUCUUCUCGUCAUGGCGACCGGAACCGGCAAGACCUACACCGCAUUUCAGAUCAUCUGGCGGCUGUGGAAGGCGGGCCGCAAGAAGCGCAUCCUGUUCCUGGCCGACCGCAACGUCCUGGUCGAUCAGACGAUGGUCAACGACUUCCGGCCCUUUGGCCCGGCCAUGGCCAAGCUCUCGACCCACGCCGGAACCAUCGAACGUGAAGACGGCUCGACGAUUGGCACCGCCGCCAACAAGAAGCGCCGCAUCGACACCGCCUACGAAAUCUACCUCGGUCUUUAUCAGGCCAUCACCGGCCCCGAAGAACACCAGAAGCUUUUCCGCGAGUUCUCGCCCACCUUCUUCGACCUCAUCGUGGUCGACGAGUGCCACCGCGGCAGCGCCGCCGAGGAUUCGGCCUGA